GACAUGUCCUUGCGGGGUUGGGCAGGCGCUCCGAGUCGCUGCUGCCCCGUGUUACGAGGGGCUGUGACUUUGCUCCUUUGCUCAGCCUGUCUUCCUCGUCCUUACACCUACAAUCACACUUCUCACCCCUUCAUCAAUCGCCCUCCAGCCUUGCGCUCUCGUCUCCUGUCAGCCUGAACUGAUCGACAGAUCCUCCUCACAACACGUCAUGGCCGAAACAUCAGCACCACUCUCCAAAGUAGACUCUGCCAUCGAGCACGGUGAUGCUGCUGAGAAGAAGUCCUCCCACCGCAGGGCAAGCAGCUCAGCGACGGGCGUUCGCAACAUUGCAGACCUAGAAAAGGAGGGAGUGGAGAUCAAGAUAGCACCAGAAACCCAACAUUUGAACUGGAAACUGAAUACCUCACCUAGCACGGUUGAGGACAAGGAGGCAUUGAAGAAGCCAUUGUGCCUACCGCUUGUCAAGAAAAUUGACCUUCACUUUCCGCUGGGACUUGAAGUAACUGCACGGAAUCUCAAGGGUGUCACCAUCAAGGACGCACUAGACGCGAUCCACAAGCAGUUCAAGAAAAAGGCCGAUGACGAGCUUGAUGCUCCCUAUCUCGCUGGAUUCGAGUGGGACAAGGAGGAAUGCUAUACCAGAUUCAUCGUACAUCAGAAGAAGACGGGCGAGCCAGUGAGCAAGGCAAGCAAAAAGGCAGCCAAGAAGGCAGCUGCUGAUGCAGAAUAACGCGUCUUGUCGUACUUCCGGCGUUCGGACAAAAGAGUUUGUCGUGCACGAUGUAAGAAUCUAGGCGACUGUUGCCUCUUCGUUGCUGAUGCUCGUUUGCUGGCGUCCAACAAGUAUCAUAUCGCGAACCAUAACUCUGCACACCUCUUGCAAGGUACUACCCAAGACAUUUUGAGCAGGAGUCUUAAUAGAAUGGCUUGACUGUCAAUUGGCCCAAUCCUAUCUCUCUUUAUUUUCAUUUGUGAAAAUCUCCACGUUGCACACAUCCCUGAUUGUCACUGACUCGAUUUUCAACGCUCAAGUCCACGGGCUCCAAAUCUCCUUCUAGUGGACAUUAGCUCAUUCUUUUUAUUCAGAUCUUCACCUACUGUCAGUUUUUUGGUUCUUGCUGCUUCAGACCUAACUUCUGGUAGCUUCAGGUCAAUCUUCCAGCUUCCAGCGAUAACGGAACAUUCGAGAGACGAUUUGGUUUUGAUGCAUCGUCUCUGAUUGAUUUUGAAAGUUUUCAACUUCUUGCAUGCUUUUGAGAGUUCCGCCAAUCUUUGUUCGUCUAAACUGACGUCCAACUCUCCAACUUGGUGCGUGGGACAAAGAACGAUUUCGACUUGUUCCAGGUUCCUGCCCUCUGCAAUUGCAUCGAAAACCUUACCCUUCCACGUUCCGACGUUACUCACGCUUAUACUAGCGCUUAGCGCCAUGAGCCCUUCAUGUUUAACAAUGAGUGACCGGAACUGUUCGAUACAGAUUGUGUAAAGAGUGAUGUUGAGGUUUUUCAAGAACCUUGGUGCUGAGUCUUCCCCAACCAAGCUGGUUAUGAGAAAUUCGGAGAAUGAACUGUCGAUCGUUUGAACACCAUCGUCUAGCGGCUCUAUAUCAACACCGUUGUUGGCAUUCUCGGGUGGUGCAAUAUUGAAUGUGCAACUGAUUAAGCCAUGAUGAAUAAGCGAAGACAGUUCACCAGCAGGUACGCUCUCAGUUAGUUUGUUAUUACCUCUGCC